CAGCCCCUCCUGCCCAUGCAGGACCCUCCUGAUCGGCCGCCUUCCCAUCCACAGAACGUGCGCAUCGACCCCAGCAGCCUGUCCUUCAGCAUGUGGAAGGAGAUCCCCGUGCCCUUCUACCUGUCUAUCUACUUCUUCGAGGUGCUCAACCCCGAGGAGAUACUGAAGGGCGAGAAGCCGGAGGUGCAGGAGCGUGGGCCCUACGUGUACAGAGAAUUCAGGCACAAGAUCAACAUCACCUUCAACAACAACGACACGGUGUCCUUCCGGGAGCACCGCAGCUUCCAGUUCCAGCCCGCCAAGUCCCGAGGCUCCGAGAGCGACUACAUCGUCCUGCCCAACAUCCUGGUCCUGGGUGCUGCGAUGAUGAUGGAGAACAGGCCCAUGAGUCUGAAGCUGAUGAUGACCUUGGCGUUCAGCACCCUGGGGGAGCGAGCCUUCAUGAACCGCACCGUGGGCGAGAUCAUGUGGGGCUACGAUGACCCCCUCGUGAAUCUCAUCAACAAGUACUUCCCAGACAUGCUCCCCUUGAAGGGCAAGUUCGGGUUGUUUGCUGAGAUGAACAACUCGGACUCGGGGGUCUUCACGGUCUUCACAGGGGUCAAGGACUUCAGCAGAAUUCACCUCGUGGACAAGUGGAAUGGGCUGAGCAAGGUCAACUUCUGGCAUUCGGAUCAGUGCAACAUGAUCAAUGGAACUUCCGGGCAAAUGUGGGCACCCUUCAUGACCCCCGAGUCCUCGCUGGAGUUCUAUAGCCCUGAGGCUUGCAGGUCCAUGAAGCUCAUCUACCAGGAGCCGGGGAUGUUUCAGGGCAUCCCCACCUAUCGCUUCGUGGCCCCCAAAACCUUAUUUGCCAACGGGUCAGUCUACCCGCCCAACGAAGGCUUCUGCCCGUGCCUGGAGUCCGGCAUUCAGAACGUCAGCACCUGCAGGUUCGGUGCACCCCUGUUCCUCUCCCAGCCUCACUUCCUCAACGCCGACCCCGUCCUGGCAGAAGCGGUGGCCGGGCUGCACCCUGACCCGGAGGAGCACUCCCUGUUCCUGGACGUCCACCCGGUCACGGGGAUCCCCAUGAACUGCUCUGUGAAGCUGCAGCUGAGCAUCUACGUCAAGUCCAUCAAAGGCAUCGGACAAACCGGGAAGAUCCAGCCUGUGGUGCUGCCACUGAUGUGGUUUGGAGAGGUAAGGCUACGCAGCCGCAGGUCGGAACCCUGGGGGAGGGCAGGGCUGGGCCAGGGGACGGGACUUUCCCCAGACUUUAUGUCCAUGCCAGUGGGUUGCAAGGACCAUGAGGUGGGCUGGGUGUAAGGUGAUUUUGUGACU